AGUAAUAACCAAUCGGGUGGCAGAUGGCGGAGCAUGUUUCCUCGGUAACACAUGCUUAAUCCACGGGAAAGGCGGAGCCUGUCACUGGAGGAGGUUGUUAGUUUACCGGGUCUGGAGAAGGAAUCAGAGCGGAGACCGGAGGAUGAAGCAGAUACAGUGGUGGAGCAGGUGGCGCCGCCCUGCCAGUCUCCUGCUGAUCUGCACCCUGAUAACAAUCGGCGCCGUGCCCAUCGACACAGAUAAAACCAAGGUGAAUGUGGAGGCGGCAGAUGAGGGGCAGAAGUCUCAAACCUCUGACACAGGACUCUUCUAUGACCGGUACCUCAAGGAGGUGGUGGAAGUCCUGGAGACCGACGAGCAUUUCCGAGAGAAGAUCCAGGCUGCUGACAUUGAGGACAUCAAGAGCGGGAGGAUCAGUAAGGAGCUGGACUUGGUCAGCCAUCACAUCCGGACCAAGCUGGACGAGCUGAAGAGGCAGGAGGUGGCGCGGCUGCGGAUGCUGAUUAAGGCGAAGCUCAGCGCCCCAGAGAGUGCCGGUAUUGAUCGUCGACUACUCCUUCAGAAGUUUAAUCACCUCAAUCACAAGAACCCUCACUCGUUUGAGCCCCAAGAUCUAGACAUGCUCAUCAAAGCGGCCACUAAAGACUUGGAGAACUACGACAAAGAGCAUCACGACGAGUUCAAGCGAUACGAGAUGAUGAAGGAACACGAAAGGAGAGAAUAUCUAAAGAGUCUGGAUGACGAGACGCGGAAACAGGAGGAGGCCAGAUAUGAGGAGAUGAAGAAGAAGCACAGAGAGCACCCCAAAAUUAACCACCCGGGCAGCAAAGAUCAGUUGAAGGAGGUCUGGGAGGAGACCGACGGCUUGGACCCCUCCGAUUUUGACCCCAAGACUUUCUUUAAGCUGCACGACACCAACAGCGACGGCUUCAUUGAUGAGCAGGAGCUGGAGGCGCUCUUCACCAAGGAGCUUGAGAAAGCAUAUGACCCAACAAAUGAGGAGGACGACAUGGUGGAGAUGGAGGAAGAGCGAUUACGGAUGAGGGAGCAUGUGAUGAGCGAGGUGGACGUGGAUAAGGAUCGACUGAUAAAUCUAGAAGAGUUCCUGCGAGCGACGGAGAAGAGGGAGUUCCUGGAGCCGGAUGGCUGGGAGACCCUGGAUGAGCAGCAGCUCUACACCGAGGAGGAGCUGCAGGAGUUUGAGAAACAUAUUUCUAAGACAGAAGAUGAACUAAAGAGGAAAAAGGAAGAGCUGGACAGACAGCAGGAGGAGCUGCACAAACAGCACCAGCACAUCCAGGCUCAGCGCCAGGAGCUGCAGCAGGUCGUACAACAGAUGGAGCAGAACAAGCAACAGCCGCCUGUUCCACACUCAGUCCCUGAACCCGGAGUCCAUUUCCAGCCAGUUGGUGAACAAGUCAAUCACUUGGCAUCUCCAGAUGUUGGGAAUCGUCAGCCGCUGCCCCCAGGACACUUAUCAGAUGCCUCAGUAGCGCACAGCCAGCAAACGCCAUAGGGGCCCCAGCCGCCCAGAGCUGACCGAACCUGAAAACUACUGAUCUGCCUACAAACUCUCAUUGUCUUGGGGUCCCCUUCAACCCCAACCUGUUCAUGUUAUUUACCCUCUAACCUUGUGCCCAGGACCAACCAGGAGAAUAAAAAGUCAUUAUUUUCUGUGUA